AGUGUAUUUAUGUACACACAGUGAGACUUCCUCUAUGGACUCUGGAGCAAUCAGUAAAUCCCUUUACGCCUAUAGCAGUUCAGUUAUUGUGUUGUCUGCAGACCUCCAACAUGUUGCUUCUCCCAUCGGGAGAUCUGGAGAGCCUGAAGCUGGUGGGACGCGGAGGAUUUGGGAACGUCUAUAGAGGAUGGAGCCAGACGCUGAAAAUGGAAGUAGCGCUCAAAGUGGUGCAAGGAGGCCUCAGUUCUAACCUGAAAAAGCUGAUGAAGGAUCUAAUGAAGGAACGAGAUGUGAUGCAGAAAGCAAGCAACCCCCAUGUUCUCCGUCUCCUUGGAGUAUAUGAGAAGGCGGAAGGCAGUCUUGUAGAACAUGGACUGGUUAUGGAGUAUAUGCCCUAUGGUUCUCUACGCACUCUGUUUGACGAUAUCCCAGCUGUCCCAUGGGCUUUGAGGUUUCAGAUUCUGCAUCAAUUGGUCCUUGGAAUGAACUACCUUCACAGUCUGGAUCCUCCAAUAAUCCAUCGGGAUCUAAAACCCUGCAACGUCCUUUUAAAUAAGCAUUUAGAUGUUCAGAUCACAGAUUUUGGAUUGUCUAAGAUUAUAGGGGCUACUACGUCUGCAAAGCCAUCGUUUGAAGGGACAGUGUCCUACAUGCCACCCGAAGCUCUAAAGGAUAUUAACUAUCAGCCUUCAAAAUCAUAUGAUGUUUACAGUUUUGGAAUCUUAGCGUGGACAGUUUUUUCAGGGGAAGAGCCUUACCCGGGUAAGUUUUUGCAGACUAUUUUUUUUUGUUAUGUUUCCAUAUAGCUAGUAGUAAUAAGUCACAUUCACCUGGACUUGCUCUGUAAAAUAAUAUAUGUUUUGCUAUUCGUCAAAGCUUUUUUUUUUAGUUCUAAUGAGCUUCAGGAACAUACCCCAACACAUAAUGUG